CAAGGCACCACUUCUGCACUGAACACUCCGACAAGAAUCUCUCCUGUAGUUCUUUGAAAGAAGUUUGAGAAAAAAGACUUCUUUAAAAAUGGCAAUGGUAAGAGAAUUCCUCAAGCAGUCCUGGUAUAUUGAGAAUGAAGAGCAGGACUAUAUUAAUGCUGUGAAAGCAAGCAAAGGUGGCCAUGGAUCAGCGGUGAGCCCCUAUCCCACAUUCAACCCGUCUUCAGAUGUUGCUGCCUUGCACCAAGCCAUAAUGGCUAAAGGUGUGGAUGAAGCCACCAUUAUUGACAUUCUGACUAAGAGAAACAACGCACAGCGCCAGCAGAUCAAGGCAGCGUACCUCCAGGAAAAGGGCAAGCCUCUGGAUGAAACACUGAAGAAAGCCCUUAUCGGUCACCUCGAGGAAGUUGUGUUGGCGCUUCUGAAAACCCCAGCCCAGUUUGAUGCUGAGGAACUGCGUGCUGCCAUGAAGGGUCUUGGAACCGAUGAAGACACUCUAAUUGAAAUUUUGGCAUCAAGAAAUAACAAAGAAAUUAGAGAAAUUAACAGAGUCUACAGAGAAGAACUGAAGAGAGAUUUGGCCAAAGACAUUGCCUCAGACACAUCUGGAGAUUUUCAGAAAGCUUUAUUGUCCCUUGCCAAGGGGGACCGAUCUGAGGAUUGUGGCGUGAACGAGGACUUGGCUGAUACGGAUGCCAGGGCCUUGUAUGAGGCAGGAGAAAGACGGAAGGGCACAGAUGUGAACGUGUUCAAUACCAUCCUCACCACCAGGAGCUAUCCCCAUCUUCGCAGAGUGUUUCAGAGAUACGGCAAGUACAGCCAACAUGACAUGAACAAAGUUCUGGACCUGGAGUUGAAAGGCGACAUUGAGAAAUGCCUCACAGCCAUCGUGAAGUGUGCCACAAGCAAACCAGCCUUCUUUGCUGAGAAACUUUACGAUGCCAUGAAGGGUGCUGGAACUCGCCAUAAGACACUGAUCAGAAUCAUGGUUUCGCGUUCUGAAGUUGACAUGAAUGACAUCAAAGCCUACUACCAGAAGAAGUAUGGCGUCUCUCUUUGCCAAGCCAUCCUGGAUGAAACCAAAGGAGAUUAUGAAAAAAUCCUGGUGGCUCUUUGUGGAGGAAAUUAAGCCCUCCUGUGAAAGUCUGAAGCAUUGUGUUGGAAGAUUUUCCAUCCACACCUUUGAAUUCUCUAACGUAGGCUUACGCAGGAGCAUUUCCUCAGCAGAUAACGGUUGAAUUGCCUGCUUUCUGCAAAACACAUCCUAGAAGUCACAUUUAUCACAACUCUAUGUAAUAAGAAUAAGCUUGUUUUUUUAAAGUUUACCCCAGAUCAUAAAACCUCAUGAAGAAAUUGUGCUGGUAACAUUGGUGGAGAAAAAUGUUUAUGUAGCUUAAAAUAAAAUGUUACAAGACAA